AUGAAGGCUCUGAGGACCAUCACACUCACUUAUGUUCUCACCCUUCUGCUGUUGACAACGUUCAUCUCGCAGUCGUGGAGUGCACCCAAGAGCUCCUAUCAGCGGAGGAACUGGACCCCGCAGGCGAUGCUGUACCUGAAGGGCACACGUAUGUACAUAUGUUGGCCUACAUUGGAAUCAGAUUUGGUCCACUCAGCAGUCUGAUAGCAUGUGUGUGGUGUUUCUUCCCUGCCAGAGACCCGCAGUCAGAACACAGAGAAGCUGAGCGUGGACCAGGCCGCCACCGUCCUGCUUAACUUCCUGCAGCAGGCCAGAGAGGGAGCCGAUGAAAAUCCAGACGAGGUGUAUUUCCAGGAGCUGCCGGUGUGGAAGAGAGAAUACUUCUGA